AUGCAAUUUAAUUGUGAUAGGCAUCAGUAAUUUCAUCCUAUUUACAUAAAAUUAGAUGAUGAUUAGUACUUUAAGUGCGCUAAAUGCAUCACUUAAUAUAAAAUUAGUGGAGAUUAGCUUAUUUUAGUUGAGGAGGUUAAUUAGUAUAGCUAAUCAUCUAUAAUAUCUAACUGGCCUCCAGUAAAUGACUCUUAGUUAUUGAGCUAAGUUGAACAAAUAGUAAAUAAAGACUCAGAUAAAUCAUAAAUAAAAAUAUUAAAUGAUUUUUUUGAAAACUUUAGGCGAGAGUUAAAUGAAUAGCUUACAAAUUUAUAGUAGAUUAUUAACAUACAAAUUAAUAAAUAUUAAAACUCAAAUUAAACCUUACUUGAUGUAUACAAUAAAUUGGCAGAAAAAUAGGUAUUUAAAUAAUUACUUACAUCUUAAACAAACACGUAAGAAUCUACUGUGUAGUUUACUUUAUUCUUAAAAGAUAAAAUAGAAUAAAGAAGUUAAAUUUCUUAAGAGUUGAUCAAAUCUAUAGGCAAUUAUAACUAAUCAAUUCAAGAAAUAGACUUGGACUUACCUAAGAAAAUAAAAGAAGAUAUUAUUCAUUCUUUAGAAAAAGUUUGCUUAUAUUUUUAAGAAGAUAACUACAAAUAAAAUAAUAAUAAAGAAUUGAACUAUAAUUUUCGUUAAAUGAAAUUUAAUUCUGAUUAAAGCAAUGUAGACAAGCUAAUACAGCUUAUAUCAAAUAAAUCUAACUUUUGCACUUAAAGAUUUAUCUCGAAAAUUGAAUAAAUAUUGAACAAAUACUCAGUAUUGAUAAAUAAAGAAGAUAUGGAAGAUCUUUUUAUUGAAUAAAAAUAACCAAUAGAUUUUAGCUCAUUAAGCAUUCCUCAAUUAGAAGAUAUUAGGGAGAUAGUAUAAAACUAAACUUACAAAAAUAAAUUAUUAGAAGAAGGAAAAUAAGCUUAAUGCUCUCCUUAUAUAGAAUAAAUGAUAAAUUUAAUUUCUAAUAGGAGCAAUUAAGUUAGUAAAUAAUCUAUCAACAAAAUAAAGCAAUCUUUAGAAAAAGUGGAGCCACUAUUUAAAGAUAUAAUUUAGCUAGAUGGAGAAGUUGAAGAUUUCCAUAAAAUAAAAGAAUCUCAAUACAAAACUAUACUUAAACUUGCUAAAAAAUAUUAAGAUAUUGAAUAUAUGAAUUAGCCUUCUGAAAAUGUAAAUAGAAUUUUGAGAUUGAUAUCAAACAAUUCUAAUUUUGUCAGAUCAAAGUACCUUUAAGAGAUAGAAGAGAAGUUAGAUAGCUUAAAAGCAAUUAUAGAUGAGAUUUAAAUUAACGAUGAAGAUAUGUUUACUUCUACUCCAAUCGAUUUUAGAUAUAUGUCAUAUGACUAGCUUUAAUUAAUAAAUAAUUUAGUUAAAAAGUACUCUGAAAUAAAUCAUUUAUAAGUUGAUAAUUUGCAUAAAUCUCCCGUAAAAGAUCCUUUGUAUAACACUUACUUAAAUGAAAGCACCAACAACACAUUUAUUGUACUAUAAUAUAUAGACUUUAAAUUCUUUAAUGAGUCAGAUAAAACCAAAAUAAGAGAUAUUCUAUAUAAAUAUCCCAUAUUAGAUACUAUAGAUAUAGCAAAUCCUUAUAAAGAUUUAACAAAAGAAGUAAACUUUACUCCAUCGUUGUAUAAUGAUUCGGACAAAAAUGUCAAAAUUUGGAGAAAUCCUUAGCAAGAGCUAGUGAUUGACCAUUUCUAAUAUCAGAGUCAGUCUAUUCAAACAGUAUUUGAUGCUGACUUGGAUCCAAACUUAAAAUAUGUUGUUAGGAUUGAGAUUGAACCAAUGAAUAAUUUUAAUUACUAUUCAAGGAUUGGUUUGAUUAGAUCCUUCAAUAAGAAUACUCAUAGAAUAUUUGCUGAUAAUCUUUGCUACUGUAAUCAAAAUUCAUAUGGUAUAACAAAAGUCAUAAAAGGAAAAAGACUUAAUGACCCUUCUCUAAGAUUUUCAUUAAAAGCAAGAAAUUUAGAGUUUAGAAUUUGGAUCAAAGGUAAAAUAUUUAUGGUAGCUGAUUACCCAGGCUAUUAAAACAUCAACAGUAUUGAGGAUGAUGCUAAAGAAAUAGAACUUUAUAGCUCACUGACAUUAGGUACUUUAGGUUUUAAUAUCAAAAGUUUUAUUAUCAAGUAUUUUAAAGUUGUAGAUCAUUUUCCUUAGAUUUGA